GAUGUUGCGACCACCAAGCCGGUUGAGGAGCUAUGCCGGAGGCUCGAGGAGGUCGGCACGGACAUCAGCGAUCUGAAGUUCUUUGUCCAGCAGAACUUCACUGGAUUCCGGAAAGCACUAAAGAAGUACGAGAAGUCUAGCAAGAAAUUCAUUAUGCAGUGGUUCAUGACGCAGGUUGCCAAAGCGCCUCUUAUGGCAACGGACUUUGAGAACAUGCUGGGAAAGUUUGGAAACAUUGCCCAGUUGUUGCGCAAGAAGGGUGCAGUUCCGUACAGCGAUGUGAGACACAGCCUUUCUGGUGCAGAGGACGAAGCUGGUCGUCAAGGAGCCUCACUUGAGAGCACCUACCUACUAGAAGCGAAGGCAGCCAUGAAGUUCCGAGUGAAGCUCGCGGCGUUUAUGGUCCCCAAGGAUCCACAGGCGGUGCCCGCACUUGCCGCCGGAGCGAAGGCGCCGAGGCCCAAAACGACCUCCGUCUUCCUUGACACGAAGGAUUUCAAGGUUUACAAGGACGUGCUGGAGUCCAGCCAGGGCACGUCGUCAGGUGCUACAAUGCACUUGCGACGAAGCGAUCCCAACCAGGUCGCAUGCGUCGUGUACCAGGCCAAAGGGGCCAAGAAGCGAACCGAAGUACUUAUCAGGAGUGAUGAGGUAGCACGAUUGCUUCAGGGCCAGGUCCCAAGCAUCGUCCUGGAUGAUCGGGCCAUGGGGGCGCGCCCCGUGAUUGGUAGUGACACUCCCGCGGACAAGCUGGUGGCAACUACAACUAUGCAGGAGGUAGCCAGAACAUUUGGGAGCACCCUGACUCCGAUGGCAGAG